AUGCUUCAGACGAUAAACAGGGUAUUUACCCAUAGCACCAGCUUCAAGAGAAGGGGAAAGGGGGAUAAUGAAAACAGCGGAGAUAAGUCCCCUCUUAGCGGAAAAGACUCUGCCGCAGGAGAUCAACGACCAGACUCCCCUAUUCGACUCGGAUCGCCGUCGAUUGCAGCGCUAGGCGAGUCAACGCUCAAGAAGAUCGUUAAACGGUCGUUCUAUGGCGACACGUCGGUGGAGCCGCUCGUCGAUGGGAGGGGGGGGACGGGGAAGGAGGUUCCUACGGAAAUGCUCGCGUUCGAGAUAGGAGCCAUCAUGCGUCGCACGCUCGAAAUAUGCGACUCCAUGUCCGAGAAAAUGCUCUCAUCGCUGCGCGCCAACCUUCAGGCGCCUGGCGUGGUAACUUUAAUCUCCAGCGACCUUAGAGUACUAUGGGGCCUCGCGGGUUACGAGAAGCACCAAGAGCUGCGAUCAGUCGCAUGCCGCGUCGCGGUGUUGGGUCGCAAGUGCCGGGAAUCGCGUCUGCACCGACUCGAGCGACUCUUUGCGCGGCUCGACAGCACAGAUGCCGAUUAUAAGAUGUUCGCCGCGUCUUCUGCUGAAGGGGAGGUGCUUCUUAGGUUCAUGCGCGAGCAAGCGGAAGCGACGAGCGAGCUGAAGAGCGAGAUGGAGUCCAUCCAGGAGCUACACAGCCGCAUUCAGGAGUACGGGGAGUGGAACUCGCUGCAGGAUAUGGUGACGCAGGGCAAGCUGGUGGAGAAACUGCAGGGCCACUGCCUCUGGGCCUACCACCUCGACUUCCUCGUGCAGCUGCUCAUCAUUGCAGCAUGCUACGUGCGCAAGAAGAUCUUCGCAGCGUUUGGGCACGGCAUGUGUCCGCCACGCAUCCGGGAGGCGUGUGUGGGAGAGGCGGGACUCGCGCUGCACUACGCCAAUGUGGUGGUGCUGCUGGAACGGAUCAUCCAACAGCCGGACGAAGUGCUAGGGCCUACAAGGGACGAGCUGUACGAGAUGCUGCCGCGCAACAUCCAGUACCUGCUGCGCGUGCAGCUGCAGGACGCACUCAACUUCCAGGCGGACGGGCGAGUGGAGGCGAACCUCAAGCGCGGGCUGCUGCUUCUGCCCACCAUGGCGCACAACACCAUCACCUGGCACUCGCUGCACACUCCUGGUGCUGCUCUUGACUCCUCUGAGGCAGUGUUUCAAGUGCAGACGUUCUACUUUGCGAAUCUGCAGGCAGUGAACGCCACUCUAGUGGACGUGCUCCUGGGCCUGUGCCGCAUAUGCGGGGUGGAGUCGCCCAUCGGCUGUGUGUCCACGCAGGUGCCCGCGUCCCUCGACUACACCCAGCUCGUAGCAGAGAAGGUGGCUGAGGCGGAGCGCCAGUUCCGCAAGGCGUGCGGCAUGGAUGAGAGAGAUGAGGACUGGUUUGGGGGGGAGGUGACUAAAGUGCAUGAUGACUCGUGCCAGGCUAGACGGGCGCAAACGCCGAGGGGUGGUGAGGCGGCUCCAGUAGCUUCAGCAGUGUCAGUAGUUUCAGCAGCUUCGGAUGUGGAGGGAGGCCGGAGUGGUAGUGCUGGUGGCGGCGGUGGUGUGAAUGGCGGCAGUGACGGCACAGGCAGCCCUGCCUUCGUGACUCCCCCCGAGUCCCCUGCCAGCGCCGUUUCCCUGCCCUCUGCCAUCCCUGGCCUCCCGUUCCUCUCCCCCGCUGGUACCCCUUCCCCCGCUGACUCCCCCCGCUCGUCCAGGCUGGGGCGGGGGGAAGCAAGGGGGGACGUGGGGGGAGGAUUGGGGGAAAAAGAGGCGAGUGGGGGGGGACGGGGAGCAAGAGAGGCGACUGGGGAGGGAUUAGACGAAACAAGGGCUAUGAGGGAUAGGCUGGGGGAUGGAGAACAGGAGAGGGAGGCACAGGGGGAGGCAGGCAGCUUCUCUUCCGAUCUCAUGCUUGCUGCUGGUGUCACUGAUUGGGAUACCGAAAGUCCUGCUGUUGCCAGGGUUGACGGGAGCCUGUCACUUGAUCAUUCCCUCUCCUCCUCUCUGCUCUCCCCCUCGCUGCUGGAAACCAGGCGCCUGCGCAAGGCCAUGCAGGGAGGGGCGAUAGUGGGGUGUUUCACAGGGGGUGGGGCUGCAGCAGCUAUGGACAGUGAGUCAGAGGCAGAAGGGGGGAGGAGGGGAGGGGGAGGCUCUAGGUGUGAAGAUUGUGAAUUGAACAAGUAA